AUGAGCCCACACGCGAAUGAGAGCCGAAACGAAGUCUCAGAUGAGGUUUCGUUUCUAUCCCUGAAUGCAGGGGGUGAGCGGCAAUUUCUCGGUUCCACGAGCGGGGUUCUUCUUGCAGAUCUGAUCAGAUCUGCUGUUGAAGCUGAUAGCUCCUCUCGUGGACAUCUGCAUGUUCAGGGAUCGAGGUCUGCACCGGUGUCUGAGCUAUCGGCCAAGACUGUACGGCCAUUAGCCGCGAGCAAUGAAGGACCGCCACCCCUUCAGGAGAGUGUGGCUCGCGAUCUCCACGAGGCCUACUUUGAACAUGAUCACUUAUGUUAUCCGAUUCUCUGCCAGCAAUCAGCAAUGGCCAACCUAAGCGAAAUCUAUGCGGAGCCCUCUACUUUGGAAAGAAAACCGUAUGAGACAUUUGUCUUCUAUAUGAUCGUGGCCAUUUCCACAUCUAAUGUUCAAAAGCUUCAUUGGCAAUCACUCCCUGAAGCUGAAAUAUACCAAGCACAAGCCAUUUCAAGAUUGAACGACAUACUAGCUUUAGGGGGCCUGGAAGCGCUGCAGGCGAUUCUACUCCUCUGUCAGUAUCGGUUGACAAGCUCUACUCAGAGAACUUCCGCCAGUUUGUGGCACAUGGUUGGGGUGGCGGCACGCAUGUGUUUUGAGAUGGGCCUCCAUCGGGAGGAAGCUUACAAGUACCGAGAAAACCACAACACGCCACUAGGUACUACUCUCAUGAUCCAUCGGCGGUGCUUCUGGUGUGUACUGGCAAUGGAUCGUGUGGUCAGUAUUACGCUAGGUCGACCCUUCGCAAUCCAUCUAGAAGAUGUGGAUCUCACGCUUCCCGAUUGCAAAAUAGCACAAUCCACGAACCCCCCAGAAAGGGAUGAAAUAAUACCGACUGAGGAGCAGCACCGGACAGCAGUGUUUGUCCAUAUAACUCGAUACCGCAUCCUUUGUGGUAAAAUCAUGGCAUCCCUGCACCGAAGUCGCCACACUACGAAUGAAUCUUCUGCCUUGACUGUGCAGGCCGAGCUCGCCAAUCAUUUGGAUGAAUGGCGGUCCAAAACGUGCACACUUAACCUCAAUAGUGGUGCAUCACACGGGGCUCGGUCCUCCAGCUUUCUCACCCUCGAGUGGUAUGAGAUGAUAUAUUACAAUGCUCUGCUCAUGUUAUACCGGCCAUCUCCAGCUCUCCCACUGAGCUCAUCUAGAGCUACCGUGGUGGUGCCAAUCAUUUAUGUUUCUGCGAAGCAGGCGAUCAGUUUGUACGCACAUCUUCAUGAAUUACAAAGGAUCAACUAUACUUGGGUUACCUUGCAUAGCGUCUUUAUGGCCGGUCUUUCUUUUGUCUAUGCUGCUGGACAGCACUUUCGCUCAAAGAAGAACCAGCCCCAGGGCCAAAAAUCACCAAUGCUAGAAUCCGACCCAUCAAUUCUGGAAAUUGUCAACAUUUCACGCUCAUGCUCCAACGUCCUGGUUGCAGUUUCAGAACGUGGGAAUAUUCCCCGACACUGUCAUCGCGUUUUUGAUCGACUGAGUGACGCCGUGCUAAAGGAUGCGGUUGACUACCACACUUCGCAUGGGGCCGCCGCCAGUCCGCAGCCUGUUCGCCCUCCUCCGCCUCCUCCUCCUGCCCCCCUGUGCCACAGCCUGUCUUCAAAUACCUCCACUUCGGAAUAUACAAUGGACAUGUUGACGUCCGGUGGAUGGCCUUUCCACGAUCCAGGCCAGUCCUCUCUACUUGCGGUCGAUGAUGCAUUUCGAGAUUGUUUUGAUGAUUUACAACAUUUUCAUGAGUCUGCCUUUGGUCAAGAUCCCAUCGGCCAACUCUCACAGGACUGGCUAGGACAGAUUGGUGGCAUGCAGCUCCUUGGAAACUAG